AUGGUUAUGGCACCUUCUGCGAUCGCCAUUGAUGAAAAAGAAACUACGAUUAUCAACGACAGUAAAGUCGAACUCAUCGACAACAAUCAUGGCGUCGAAUCCGAUGUGACUGGCUUUGCCUCCAAGGCGCUCGUGCAAAGAGUCCUCAAAGAGCAGAUUGCCCGUGUUGAUGUUGACACCUGCGAACCGGGCGAGGAAGAUGCCUUCUACGUGGCGGAUCUAGGGGAAGUCUACCGCCAGCAUCUCCGUUGGAAGCUCAACCUCAGUCGAGUCAAGCCGUUCUAUGCCGUCAAAUGCAACCCGGACCGCGAAGUGCUUCGUCUGUUGGCGAAAAUGGGCACCGGCUUCGAUUGUGCGUCUCGAGCUGAGAUCGACCUGGUGCUCAGCUUGGGCGUGCCGCCCAGCCGUAUCAUCUACGCUCAACCAUGCAAGACCAAAUCGUACUUGCGAUACGCUCGCAACGUCGGCGUUACUCAGAUGACCUUUGACAACGGGGACGAGCUUCGAAAGAUCAAAGACUGCUUUCCCGACGCCGAAUUGGUGCUGCGCAUCUUGACCGACGACUCGGCCAGUCUGUGCCGUUUCAGUGCGAAAUACGGCGCCAGCUUGGAAGACGCGGCAGAAUUGCUCCAUCGGGCAAGGGAGCUUGAUUUGAAUGUCAUCGGAGUCAGCUUCCACAUUGGCUCCGGAGCGAGCGAUCCCUGCUCCUUCGGAAAAGCAGUCAAAGAUGCACGCUACGUGUUUGACCAGGCGGCCGGAUUCGGCUACGAUCUCAAAUUGCUCGAUGUUGGAGGCGGCUUUGUUGACGAGACGUUCGAAGUGUUCGCGGGCAAUUUGAACGAGGCCCUCGAGGAGUAUUUCCCCCACAACGUCAAUGUCAUUGCCGAGCCUGGUCGUUACUAUGUCGCAACCGCUUUCACUCUGGCCACUCAUGUCAUCGCCCGACGUGAAGUUUCGGUGGAUCGUGAAGGUGGGAAGGGGUACAUGCUGUACUUGAACGAUGGUGUUUACGGCAAUUUCUCCAACAUCAUCUUCGACCAUCAGCAUCCUGUUCCACAGGUUUUGUCGGCUGCAGCAGGCGGGGACAAGAUGGUUGAAUACUCGAUCUGGGGUCCUACUUGCGAUGGGAUCGAUGUCAUUGCCGAUCGAUACUUCUUGCCUGGCGUUCUCGACAUUGGGGAUUGGUUGUUCUUCGAGAACAUGGGAGCAUACACCAAGUGCUCGGCCACCAGGUUCAAUGGAUUCAAAGAUGACCACGAGGUCAUUUACAUUUCCAGCGAGCCGGGUGCUUCAGCAUUGCUCGGGUACUAA